UCCCAUGGACAGAGGAGCCUGGUAGGCUACAGUCCAUGGGGUCACAAAGAGUCGGACACGACUGAGCGACUUCACUUUCUUUCGUGCUUUGGGCAGCCAUCACGGUAGGUACACAGGCAGCUGUACACGCGCAGAGGAGUGAGCUUGUCACUGUGACCCCCGCCUUGGAGAGGCCGGAGCCAGCUGCUGCGCGAUGGGGGCGUCGGCAGGUGGAGAAGAGGGUACUCAAGGGGGGCCGCCUGAUGCCCGAAGGCUCAGACGUGCCUGCGACUGGCUCCGUCAGGAGGAAACUUGGAGCCCGGGCAGAGGCAGGGUUCUGGUCUGUGCAGGGUCCCCAGGUCCUGGGGGGGUCCUGCUCUGUGCGGGGUCCCCAGGUCCUGAGGGGGGGCACUUCUGGUCUGUGCGGGGUCCCCAGGUCCUUGGGGGGGUUCCUGGUCUGUGCAGGGUCCCUGGGUCCUGGGGGUGGGGGUCGGGUCCUGGUCUGUGUGGGGUCCGAGAGCAGCAGGAAGCUGGCUCUCACAAGGAGAGGAACUGCCAGGCUUUGUCCGGGAGCCUUGGUCUGUGCUAUGGGCCUGUGUGUGGCUCCCGUGUCGACACGGAUGCGUGUCCACCAGGCCCGGUGGCCCGGACCACAGGGUGAGAGCCGUCUUCACGUCCGCCUGCAGGUCUUAGUCUGGGUCUCCUGCAAAACCGGCCACUUGGCAGGGGAACCGGUUAGCGGCCGCUCGGCAGGCGUCAGCCCUGUAGACGUUGCUCCCAGGACGCCGAGGACCCUGGGCGUCUCCACUGCCUUGGUGGCAGCUGUCACAGGACCAGGCGGGCGAGCAGGCCCGGAGAGACGCCCCAGCCUUUGGGCGUCAGCGUCGCUUCCCAGAGCAGACCAGCCGCUCCUGUCUCGGGGCUUCCUCGUGGGCUGAUGGGGAUUCUGAUGCCGGUGAGCUUCCUCCAUGGGCUGCUUUCUCCGUGAUUCAGCUUCUCACACACUGUCCCUGACUGUUCAAGGAGACUCAACGUUUCUUUUAUUUUAUUAAACCAAGUAAUUUCUCCCAUUUGAA